AUGUCGCCGCAUGAGAUGUCGGCCGCAUCUCCUCCAGAAAACGCCUGCCCAAACGGGUCCCAUGGACCAGGCGAGGGAUCCCGCACGACACAUCUAAUUCUUCCUCCCAAUGUUUCGUUUUCUCCGAUCACAGACGACGGGACAAAGCCCAAAUACAAAUAUCACCAACUCAUAGCGAUGGCCAUCCUCCGAUCGCCUAUGCGUCGACUCACACUAAAGGAGAUUUACAAAUGGAUCAGCGAUACUUACUCCUUCUACGAGCCGGGCCAAGAAUGGCAGAACUGCGUCCGACAUUCUCUAAGUAUGCACAAGGAAUUCAUCAAAACCAAGAGGCAAGAGGGUGAUCCUGGUUUGGGUGGCUACUGGGAAAUUAAACCCGGUAAUGAGUCUAAAUUGCUCAGGAAAUCAACUCGAAAAGCAGCAUCUACCGAAGUAUGUCUUAUAUCGAUACGUCCUGAGCCCUCCAGCCUAACUAAGGCCCCGAUGGGAGUGCCCUCGCCUCACCCGCCUGCAUCUACCUCGCAAAUCCCACGCCAUCCGCCCAAUCAGUGUCCGGAAGAUGUCGUGACCAGAAGUUCUGACGUCCUUCGUCUUGUGGGCUCCUCAUCGGACUCCUCACCCGUACCGAGAUGCUCCCAGGCACGAAACCGGAGGCGGAAUCACGGUCUUCGAACCCAGUCUCGCACAACCGCAACAUCACCACCCCUAAAGCGGAAGUUUGAUUCGACGGAUGUCGCACCGGCCGAAAUGCGGCCAACGCCGCAAACAUUCUACCUGACUCAGAUGCCUGAGCUAUCUAACGGACGCGCCGAGGUGGAAAUCGCUCGUAUACGGGGGUCGACCUGCGGAUCAAUGAAGCUUCGGCCUCCAUCAUAUUCACCCGGACAUCAAUCCAGUGACGUAGGUACGAAUCCACCCUCGACUCCAGCCGUGCGGGCUGAUUCCCCGCCGCCCUUACCCUCACCGAGCACAAGUGGACGUAUGCGCCAGAAUUUGUCAAGUCAGAGCCUACAGUCAACGCCGCCACCUUUAUUUGACAUUGACGAAGACAACUGUCCAUGGAGUUUUUUCGGCUUGAGUGAAAUUGGAAUCAACCCCGAUAUCAAUCCACAGCCGGAAUUCGACAUUUUUCCAGACCCUGUGUCAAUGGAUAGCCCUCUCACUGUUCGUAUCGGAUCAGUGGAUGCUCACUCCCCAGUCAAUCGCGCAGCCAGGCGAGCGCCACGGGACGGAUCCCCUCCCACGGCUGCCCUUGCUGAUAUCCCGAACUUUGGCGCGAAACAGCAUCGCAUCUCAACACCUCUGGUCAAGACUGCUGAGUGCUGCUCAUCACUCUUCUUGGAGGCAUUAAAUAAGGCAUGUGACGGGCCAGGUUCGCCACUUUGGUCACCGCAGUCGUCGCCGUCGCCAUGGGAUUCUUCCUACGAGCCCUCCACAAUGCUGUAUCACAGAGAUGGCGAUAAUUAA